AAGAAAUUCGCAUUCACCAUAAGAAACACAAACACAUUCUAUACUUGUCUUUCUCACUUCUCAUUCUCACUUCUAAUUCUCAUUCUCAUAAUGAAAAUACCACGAGUAUCACCGUCGGCGGCGCAGCGCUUGAAUACCGAUAUGCGGUACAUAACCGCCCUGCUUCCUACGUGCAAAAAUAUGAGCUCGGCACAGAACGAGCUGCGCUGGAUCCGCGAGAGUGUGGAAUCGAACAAGCUCGCGCCGCUUUUCAGGGAAACAAAAGCCUCAAAAAGUAACGAUAAGGUCUAUAAAGCUACCAAGCUUUACCGUAUGUGCAGCCUCAGGGGCCGUGGGUAUCCCUUACAAUAUAUCCUAGGGAGCCAACCUUUCGGCAAUCUCGAGAUCCGGUGCCGCCCCGGCGUCUUGAUCCCGCGCCAUGAGACCGAGGCUUGGACCACCCAUCUCGCCCACGUCGUGCGUGACAUCUUGGAUGUCGAGGAAAGUGAAACUGGUCAUGAGAUAGGUUCCGAGCUAAAAAUCAUCGAUAUGUGUACCGGAACCGGCUGUAUCGCCUUACUGCUUUACUCGCUGCUAAAUCAGCGAUUUCCAAACAUGCAGGUCCGAGGGUAUGAUAUUAACCCUAAAGCCGUCAGGCUUGCCGCGCGGAACUUCGAUCAUAAUAGGAAGCAUGAGCUGCUUCAAUCACCCACGUCUAUACAAUUCGUCUCCUUCAUGAGGGCAGACGCCUUCUCUGCAAAUUGGCCCUUUACUAUCGCCCACGAAGGGCGGCUCACUAAUUACCUACACAAGAAAAUUAGAAGAAAGCUUGAUAUAAAAGACGCAGGGAUGACGUGGAGAAGGAAUAGCUUCGGCAUACUAGUCAGUAACCCGCCGUAUAUAUCGCAAGAGGGCUUCGAUCGCGAUACCGAGCCGUCGGUGCGCAACUGGGAGCCCCGGUACUCUCUGGUCCCUCACUCACCGGAGGCUGCCAAAUUAUAUCCAGACGUGAGGCCCGAAGAUGUCUUCUACGCUAAGCUCCUGGACCAUGCCGCCAUCAUCCGGCCGCAGGUGAUAGCCUUCGAGGUCGGCGAUCUGGCCCAAGCUAUCCGCGUGGUGCAGAUGGCAUUCAAGCGGUAUAUGCAGGCAGAUACGGAAAUCUGGAGAGACUGGCCCGAUGUACAACCUCGCGAGGGCGAGGAAGAGAGCGUGGAAGUCGCUGGUGUUAGCGUACCAAUCAAGGGUAGCGGGAAUGGGAGAGUCGUUUUUAUUCGUCGACAAUCUCCCUCAUCCCCGAACUCUAACAGCGUCGCGUCCAAGCUCUUACCAUCCUGAAUAAAUUAUAUCUAGCUAGAG